CGACCAGCAUCGAAAGAAAACCGAUCGGAGUGGGAAGAACGCCUCACCGAAGGAAGGAAGCAUGUCCCACGAGUCAUCGGAAAAAGCGCAUAAAGCGAUAGAAAAUGUGGAGGACUACUGCCAGACACUGACAAGACACGGCAAUGAGGAGCUACGCACAAACCUGGAACGAGUUAUCACCACAUUCAAAUCAAACCUGAUGCAUUCGUUGCUCGACAUUCACGAUCUGUACGAGCAGACGCUGCUCAGCGAGCGAAAAUCAGAUGCAGAGAAAAAUAUGGAAGUAAGGCGUGUGAUUGAGCGACUCGAAGGUGGACCACACUCCUACAACAGUCGUCCGGCUGCGACGACUUCCACGUCGAACUACAACCUUUCAAGCACAACUCCACUUAUUUCAGAUCUGAGAGAUCGGGGAGGUUUCUCGUAUUUGAACGGCGGAGGCCUUGGAAACGGGCUUGGGAAUGGACUUGGAAACGGACUUCUGUCUUCUCCGUACAACUCAUCCAGCACUCACUACCUUCAUGAGCGUCAACGUCAGACCAGUCAUGAUGGAACAUGGCGGGAAACAACCACAAGAACAGUUGACACUCCAAGUGGUCUUGAAAGACGUGUGGUUGAACAUACUGGAGUUAUCGAUGAUCAUGGUCGUAAAUGGGAGCUUGAGAAUAUUGUCUUGGAGAAAGGUCACACCGGCCUUGGAUUCUCGAUUACUGGAGGUAUGGACCAACCAACAGAAGACGGAGAUACUUCUAUCUAUGUCACCAAUAUUAUUGAAGGAGGUGCCGCACUUGCUGAUGGGCGUAUGAGAAAGAAUGAUAUUAUCACUGCAGUCAACAAUACAAACUGUGAAAAUGUGAAGCAUGAGGUUGCAGUCAACGCAUUGAAAAGCUCCGGAAACGUUGUUUCGUUGAGUUUGAAACGGCGUAAAGAUGAAGCCUUUCUUCCAAUUGGAGGAAACUUUGGCGGGUCGACUUCUUACCUCAGAUCAGGAGUCACUCCAUCAGUGAGCGCCGGCAACUUGCAACACGCAAUUCAUUCUCCAUCGGCUCCGAUUCAUCCACCACCGCCACCACCAGUUCAUCACGGAUCAUUGAGCCAAUUAUCUGUUGGCCAAUAUCGUUCCACACGACCGAAUACAUCCGUCAUUGAUCUGGUUAAGGGAGCACGUGGACUUGGUUUCUCUAUUGCUGGUGGUCAAGGAAACGAGCACGUUAAAGGAGAUACCGAUAUCUAUGUGACGAAAAUCAUUGAGGAGGGAGCAGCUGAAUUAGACGGAAGAUUAAGAGUCGGAGAUAAGAUUCUUGAAGUUGAUCAUCACUCUUUGAUUAACACGACUCAUGAAAAUGCGGUCAAUGUUCUCAAAAACACUGGAAAUCGUGUUCGACUUCUUAUUCAGCAAGGAACUGGGGCAAUUUUCAAUGACUCGGCGAGCCAACAAUUCAUGCCAACUACCCCAAUUCUCAGACCUAGCUCCGUUCAAGACUACAACCGCUCUCAAAUGGGAUCUCAAAGUCAUUUGUCUUACGGAGGACCACUGAACACCAGCUACAGUUCACAAGCCCCCAUCGCAAUUCCACUCGAACCCCGUCCAGUACAACUUGUAAAGGGCCAAAAUGGACUUGGAUUCAACAUUGUUGGCGGAGAAGACAAUGAGCCCAUCUACAUCAGUUUUGUUCUCCCAGGAGGUGUUGCUGAUCUUAGUGGAAACGUGAAGACUGGAGACGUUCUUCUUGAAGUGAACGGAGUUGUUUUGAGAAAUGCAACCCAUAAGGAAGCAGCUGAAGCAUUGAGAAACGCUGGAAAUCCCGUUUAUCUCACUCUUCAGUACAGACCACAAGAGUAUCAAAUUUUUGAGUCCAAAAUUGAGAAGCUGAGAAACGACGUGAUUGCUCAAUCUAGAAUGGGAACUUUGAGCAGAAAGUCUGAAUAUGUUAGAGCACUUUUCGAUUAUGAUCCAUCACGUGAAAACUCUGUUGCUCCCCAUAGAUCAAUGGGAUUUAACUAUGGUGACAUCCUACAUAUCAUCAACUCAUCUGACGAUGAAUGGUGGACAGCUAGAAAAGUUCACGAAAACGGAGAAGAAACAGCUGAAGGAGUGAUUCCAUCAAAGAAACGUGUCGAGAAGAGAGAACGACUUCGUCGGAAGCAAGUCAACUUCAACUCGGGAUCGCAGUCUCUUGGAAGAAACUCGAGCACUACUGGAUUGGAAAACCGAAGAGGAAGCCGCAGUCAGCUUUCCUUCUCCAGAAAGUUCCCAUUCGUCAAAAGUACCGACCGGCUCAACGAUCUUAAUGAGGAAUCCUCAAAUGUAGCUGAAGAGCCAGUGUGGUCCUACCAGGCAGUUGAGCAACAGGCGAUCAACUACGUUCGUCCAGUGAUCAUUCUUGGAGCUCUCAAAGACCGAAUCAACGAUGAACUUGUCAACCGCGACCCUUCGAAAUUCAGUAGCUGCGUUCCACACACUUCCCGACCACCACGCGAGGGAGAGGUUAACGGACGUGACUACUACUUUGUCAACAAGCACAAUAUGGAGGAAGAUGUCAAGAAUAAUCUCUUCAUUGAAGCGGGACAAUUCCAAAACAAUCUCUACGGAACUAGCAUUCAAAGCGUCCGAGAUGUCGCCAACCAAGGAAGACACUGUAUUCUGGACGUCAGUGGAAAUGCUAUCCGACGACUUCAAAGCAAUGCCAAUAUUCAACCAAUCUCGAUCUUCAUCAAGCCCAGCUCUGCACAACAGAUUCUUGAAUUGGACAGCCAACUUGCCACCAACCGACAAGACGAUCGAGCGAUGAGUGGCGAAGAAGCUCAAGCGCAGUAUUCCAGAUGUCAUAGAAUUGAGCAAACUUUCGGGGAUUUGUUCACGCAAGAAAUCUCAAAUGUGCACAGCGCGAAUGACGUUUUGAGCAAAGUGUACUCCAUCAUCAGCCGUGAAUCGCAGACGCCAAUUUGGGUGCCACGUCAUUAGAUGAAAUUGGAUAUUUUUUAGACAAAUAAUCGUUUCUUCAAGAAAUAUGUCUUCUUGAAAUUAAUUAAUAUACAGUUUAAUUUACCUUAAUAAUUAGACUACGCCGUGUUGUGAUACUUUUUUUUAAUCUGAGAAAAGUGAUCCUUUGAAAAAACUCUUGAUGUCAUUUGCUUUAUCCUGUUUCCAUCCCCAUCUUUAUUUGUAUUUUGUUUAGUACCCCUUCCCUAUUAUGCAUUAAUUUACAUGACCUUUCCAAGUUCUCAAUUCAAGAAACUCUACUACUCGAACUCAGAAACGUGAAAGGCCAAUAUUUCAAUAGUUUUCUGAUUCUUUUUUUCUUUUACCUUGCUCAUUAUUUUCAUUUUCAAUCAUAACUCUCCACAAUCACUGCCAGAAAACGGUGAAUCGUUUCUACUUUUGUCUCCGAAUAUUUUACUACGAUAGUUUGUACUGCCUGUUUUCUCUACAGCCCAUUUUAUCUUGAAAUUCACCUUACAAAUACUUGCAUUUUAUAAUCCGCCCCAGCUUUCCUUCCUUCUUCCCUCUCCUUCCUCCCCCAACUCAAUUCACUUCUUACUUGAAAUUGUGACAGUUUGUGAUAUUCUCAACGCUUCAUUUGUCUCUACUAACCGCAAAUCAUUAUCAUAUUCCCGACUCUCUACUGAUGAAAAACUUCGGCUCAUUUCUAUUUUUUGGGACUUUUAUUACUCUGAGAGCAUUUUAUUUUCAUCCAUUGGUUCCAAACUUUUUUUUUUUAAUUAUUUUUAAAAACUUUUUAUACAAAUUAUCUUGAAUAAAGAUUUUAUUGCAUCUGC